AUGUCCGUUCGCAAUGCAACGACAGUGAAAGUGACCACCACUACCCAAGCAGCAGAAGUUGUUAUCGUUGCUCAUUUUUCACUUGUUUUGGUCAUUGUUGGUACUGUAUUCAAUUUAAUAACAUUUUUCAGUCUAUGUCAAUCAAGAUUUCGAGAUACAAAAACAAGACCAGUCCUUCAUUAUAUGCGUACAAUCGCCAUCUCUGAUAUUCUCAUGUUAUAUGGAUGGAAUUUUGAUCAUUAUAUUUAUCCAAUGUAUGGAUUUUAUCUUCAAAGAACUACUUUAAGCGCUUGUAAAUUCCUUUCAUUUCUCAAUUAUUUUGCACCCCAAUCAUCAGCUUGGUUACGAAUAUUUAUUUCACUUGAUCGAUAUCUAUCACUAAGUCGACUUCAUCGAACAUGGUUUAGUGAUUCCAAACAUAUUUUGAUCAUUAUCGCAAGUAUCAUCAUAUUCUUCUUCUUUCUCAAUUUCCAUUUCUUUAUCUACACUUGUUAUUACAAUCGAAGUGGCACUGUAAACAUCAAUUCAUUAUUGUUCAAGUUAUAUCCCACUUGGGAUUACGUAAAUUUGGCAUUCUACAACUUUUUACCAUUGAUAUGGAUGAUUAUACUCAACAGUGGUGUUAUAUAUCAUCUGAUAAAUCUUCGACGUACAACAAGUUUACAAAAUUCACGUAUUCAACAUCGAGCAAUAUCAAUCACAUUAGUAAUUACGACAUUUCUCUUUUUAAUUAUGACUGUACCAGCAAGUGUUGGAUUUACGUUUUUCUGCUGUUCAAAUGGAAAUCUUCUGCGCAUAUUCGAUUUCGAAUCACGAGAACAUCUUCUUCGUGUAGAUCAAGUUGUCGUACUCGCGAGAUAUUGGAACAAAGAUGAGAACUUGAUAUUGCAAAAAUGUCGAACAAUGUCCAUAUGA